GGUCUUAGAGAGCUCCAGUAGGGACAGAGGACAGACCACAGUAACUUUCCCACAGAAGUGUAGCUGUUGUUCUUCUGUGGAGGGUUCCCACCUGCACUCCUUCUGGGACCUAGUUGGAUAACCCGUUGGACAGUUGGGUUAGAUAACCCUUACCCGUUGGACAGUUGGGGGUGAAAAGUUCCAGAGAUGUCUGAGAACAACAACAACAACCAUGAAGAGAAGGAGAAGGAGAGGGAUGGAGAGAAUGAGAAAGAGAGGGAUGAGGACUGGGAUGAYAAUGAGGAGAGGGAUGAUGUUCUUGUUAGGAUUCCUCCACCUCCACCUCCAGUGGUCAGAGUUGGCCAGCUGGCCCCGGGGGCCAAGAUGAAUGGGUUAGGAGAUGAGGGAAAAACCAUCCUGGAUGGGCAGCAGCCUGUAAGCCGUAGUAUCUUCCCUUUCUCUCCAGUCUCUCCAGCGGGCGAGAGGAUCCGCAUUAUGCUGGGAGAGGAUGAUGAUGGACCGUCACCACCUCAACUCUUCACUGAGCUGGAUGAGCUGCUCUCUGUGGAUGGGCAGGAGAUGGAGUGGAAGGAGACAGCCAGGUGGAUCAAGUUUGAGGAGAAGGUGGAGAAGGGAGGAGAGCGUUGGAGUAAACCCCACGUGGCCACGCUGUCGCUCCACAGUCUGAUGGAGCUGCGGACCUGCAUCGAGAAAGGAACCAUCAUGCUGGAACUGGAGGCCUCCACGCUGCCACAGGUCGUUGGCAGUCCAAACACCACACAUCGGAACCUGGCCUCAAGCAGCAUGAACGACAUCUCCGACAAACCAGAGAAAGACCAGCUGAAGAACAAGUUCAUGAAGAAGCUUCCCCGAGACGCCGAGGCAUCCAACGUUCUCGUUGGAGAGGUAGACUUCCUGGACGCCCCCUUUGUGGCAUUUGUCCGUCUACAGCAGGCCGUGAUGCUGGGAGCUCUUACAGAAGUCCCUGUCCCCACCAGAUUCCUGUUCAUCCUUUUAGGACCCAAAGGAAAAGCCAAGUCCUAUCAUGAGAUAGGAAGAGCUAUCGCCACACUCAUGUCAGAUGAGGUGUUCCAUGACAUAGCGUACAAGGCGAAGGACAGAGAGGAUCUGCUGGCUGGCAUCGAUGAGUUUCUGGAUGAGGUGAUCGUUCUGCCCCCGGGGGAAUGGGACCCGGCCAUCAGGAUAGAACCGCCCAAGUCUGUACCCUCUGCUGACAAGAGGAAGAACAUGUACGCUGGAGGCGACAGCGGCCAGAUGAACGGAAACACGCCCCAUGAUGGGGGAGGGGGGGGAGGGCACGCCGUGGGAGACGAGCUCAAGAAGACAGGCAGGUUUUGUGGAGGCCUCCUACUUGACAUCAAAAGGAAAGCUCCAUUCUUCGCCAGUGAUUUCUACGAUGCGUUCCACAUCCAGGCACUGUCGGCCAUCCUGUUCAUCUACCUAGGAACCGUAACUAACGCCAUCACCUUCGGAGGGUUGCUAGGAGACGCCACCGACAACAUGCAGGGUGUGUUGGAGAGCUUCCUGGGCACGGCAGUAUCUGGAGGGAUCUUCUGUCUGUUGGCUGGCCAGCCUCUCACCAUCCUCAGCAGCACUGGACCUGUUCUGGUCUUCGAGAGGCUCCUCUUCAACUUCAGCAAAGACAAUGACUUUGACUAUCUGGAGUUCCGGCUGUGGAUUGGUCUGUGGUCUGCGUUCUUUUGUCUGCUGCUGGUUGCUACUGACGCCAGCUACAUGGUUCAGUACUUCACCCGAUUCACAGAGGAGGGCUUCUCCUGCCUCAUCUCCUUCAUCUUCAUCUAUGAUGCCUUCAAGAAGAUGCUGAAGCUGGCCGACUACUACCCCAUCAACUCUGACUACCAGAUUGACUAUGUCACCCAGUAUGACUGUAUGUGUAUGGCCCCUACCAUCUUAGAAAACAGUACGGAGGUGUUUGGAGAUCCUCUGGAUGCUGAGAGCACUGCUGUCUGGUACUUCAACAACACUGAUCUACCUCUGAAUGCCACGUGGUCGUCCCUGUCUAAGAAGGAUUGUCUGAAGUAUGGAGGAGAGCUGGUGGGGAAGGCAUGUAAAUAUGUUCCUGACAUCACUCUGAUCUCCUUCAUCCUUUUCCUGGGAACCUACACUACCUCCAUGAUGCUGAAGAAGUUCAAGACCAGUCCUUUCUUCCCUACAUGGGUGAGGAAACUAAUCAGUGACUUUGCCAUUAUUUUGGCCAUCCUGAUCUUCUGCGGUGUGGACAUGCUAGUAGGAGUGAACACUCCCAAGCUCAUAGUCCCAACUGAGUUCAAGCCAACGAGCCCCAACCGUGGCUGGUUUGUUCCCCCGUUCGGAGGCAAUCCUUGGUGGGUGUACGUGGUGUCAGCACUGCCUGCCCCUGUCACCAUCCUACUCUUCAUGGACCAGCAGAUCACCGCUGUCAUCGUCAACAGGAAGGAGCACAUGCUGAAGAAAGGUGCAGGCUACCACCUGGACCUGUUCUGGGUUGCGGUUCUGAUGAUUGUGUGUUCCUUCAUGGGGUUGCCAUGGUACGUGGCGGCAACGGUCAUCUCAAUCGCUCACAUAGACAGUCUGAAGAUGGAGACAGAGACAUCCGCCCCUGGAGAAAUGCCCAAGUUCCUGGGAGUGAGGGAGCAGAGAGUCACUGGUAUGUGUGUGUUCAUUCUGACGGUGUCUGUCUUUAUGUCUCCCAUCCUCAAGUUCAUCCCCAUGCCAGUGCUGUAUGGCGUGUUCCUCUACAUGGGCGUGGCCUCUCUUAACGGAGUACAGUUCAUGGACCGUCUCCAGCUGCUCCUGAUGCCAGCUAAGCACCAACCUGACCUUGUGUACCUGCGCCAUGUUCCUCUGAGGAAGGUCCACCUGUUUACCUUCAUCCAGAUCCUGUGUCUGGCGCUGCUCUGGGUCCUCAAGUCCACCGUGGCCGCGAUUAUCUUCCCUGUCAUGAUCCUGGCCCUGGUGGCGGUGAGGAAGACGAUGGACUACAUGUUCUCUCAACACGAGCUGAGCUUCCUGGAUGAUGUCAUCCCUGAGAAGGACAAGAAGAAGAAGGAGGACGCUAAGCAGAAGAAGAAGAUGAGGAGCAUUGACAGUGACAUAGAGGAUUCUGACUUCCCCUACACUGAGAAUGUCCCCAGCAUUAAGAUCCCCAUGGACAUGAUGGAGCAGGAACCUUUCUUAGGUGAUAAAGCAUCCGACAGAGAUAAAUCCUCAUCAUUCCUGGAUCGACACUCAUCGUGCUGAGCAGCUGCUCUUCUACCAGGCCAACUGUCAGUCAAGUCCAGAGAUGAGUCCACUCAACGUGCCUCAGAUUAGGAUCGAGAUGGACCCUGAUGACAACGGUUACCGCUGGAAGAGCCGAGGGUCUGAGACCUCUCUGUAGCCCCUACAUCUCAACAGCCCCAAGACCCUCGUCCAGCCCAAGACCCUCGUCCAUGCCCCAAGACCCUCGUCCAUGCCCCAAGACCCUCGUCCAUGCCCCAAGACCUUCCUUUAUGCCCCAAGACCCUCGUCCACGCCCCAAGCCCCUCUCCACACCCCAAGA